GUCGGAUUGCGUAGCAUGUUUUUCUCUGUAUCGGUGACUGACUGAUGCAAGACACAGUCCCAACUAAACUGCGGGUGUUUGUAAUCCAAGGGAAUGAGAUAACACAGUCAACAUUAAUUCAUCAAUUUUUUAUUGGAUCGUGCCUGGAACUGAAUGAUUUUCUAGACAGAUUCAGGCAGGAUUGCGCUAUUCAGAACCAUGGAUUUGCACAUUUUGGAUCACAGACUGCGAGUGACCAGCAUUUGCAAAAAUGGGUUGGUGAAUUUCACUCACCCACUGAUCAAACUCAUAUUUCUGCGGAAAAGAACAAGAUGCAAGUUCUUCAGUCUGACAGAGACCCCAGAGAACUUCACUGUCGUCCUCGACGAAGAGGGAUUUAAAGAGCUACAGCCCUCGGAGCACCUUCAGGUGGAGAGUUCCGUGUGGCUGCCACUCAACGUCAUCUCCAACGGCAACGCUUCCAACAGCUCACAAGCGGUGGGCGUGACCAAGAUCGCCAAAUCCGUCAUCGCCCCGUUGGCCCAGCAGCACGUGUCAGUCUUCAUGCUGUCCACCUAUCAGACGGACUUCAUCCUGGUGCGGGAGAAGGACCUGGCUGUAGUUAUCCACACUCUGGAGGAAGAGUUCAACAUCUACAGAGAGGUGGGGGGAGAGUACUCCGCUGUACUCAGCCAAGAUGUCCGCAAUGGCUUCCAGAAGAACGGCAAAGAAGCCCCCCAGCCUACAGUGCACCCGGUGCUGAUACCACCGAACCAGUUCUGUGUGAUGAGUCUAGACCCAGACACUCUGCCUGCCAUUGCCACCAUACUUAUCGACGCGCUCUUCUACUCCAGCAGUCCUAAAGAGGGCGCUCUUCCCAGCCAGGAUCUGGACUGUAUCAAGUUCUUCUCCUUCUCCCUGAUCGAUGGCUAUGUCUCUCUGGUCAUGGACACUGAGGCACAGCGACAGUUCCCUGCUGAUCUUCUCUUCACAAGUUCUUCCGGGGAGCUGUGGAGGAUGGUGCGCAUUGGGGGACAGCCUCUGGGUUUCGAUGAGUGUGGCAUUGUUGCCCAGAUAUCCCAGCCUUUAGCCGACAGUGACAUCUCCGCCUAUUAUAUCAGCACCUUCAGCUUCGACCAUGCCCUGGUCCCUGAAGAGGACAUAGUGAGUGUGACUGAGAUGCUCCAGCAGCACAGGAAAGAGCCAGCCUGCUGAUGGCGGCCUGGUCCGUACUACGCCCCUCUUGGGCCUGGGGCAGUACAGGGCUGGAGGGAGAUGCUAACUCUGUGCCUAGACUAGCACUGCAGCAUGAGCAGUAUUAACUAUGAACUUUGUUGCCAUGACCAUGCACCGAUUGGAUGCUGCCUGGACCCUGACCAAUGCACACAGCGGUAUAAGGGAAUUGGUGAACUUAAAGUCCAGUUGUGAUGCUGGUAAAACUGUACUUAAGGACUGCAGGUAUAAUGAAUGCAUUCUAAGUCUUGUUAUAAGCCUAUAUAACCCCCUUAUGUCUUAUCACCCCAUAACAAGAGCUGACUAAAUAACAGCAAUUUUGAGUCAGUUGUAAAUGUCCUACAUAGAGCGAUAUAACAUUAAAGGGAAAGAGAAAGGGGGAUACCGAUCAUAGCCUAAGCCUUGUCAUAAUGCAUUAUUAUAAAGGCGCGUGCACUCUUAUAACGAGCAAUAACACAUUAUACCUGUAGCCUUUUUAGAAAGUGUUACCGUGAGGACUUUAUGUUACUUUCCUUCUUGCCGCAGGGCACAAACAUGUUACUAGGACUGUAAACAACACGGCUGAGUCUUCCAGUGAUGUUUAUAUCGUAAUAGUAUGUGUCAAAGACCCCCUUUGUGUCAAAGGUCAAAUUAAUUGUGUGAGUGAAUUAUGUGAAGCACAACUUAUGCUUGGUAAAAAAAAACAUUCUCCAUUGGUGCGUCAUAUUCGCCACAUCUUCACAAAUUCUACGUGUAGUAGGGCACGUACAUUUCCUAAUCGCACCCCCAAUAGCUGAAGACACUCUUUGAAAUCCCAGCACCGAGUGUUAUUUUGGCCAAUUAUGUUUUUUACGACAUUCAAAAAGGUUCAAACUUAAAGUGUAUUUGUGGAAAUUAUUCUGUUAAUAAUUGUUCAAAACAAAUCUCAGAAUUGUAUUUUCUUGGAAAACAUCCAGGCAAUACUACAAAAGAUAUUACAAAAAUCCUACGACCAUCCAAGGUUAAGUGCGGUUUUAUUCAAUGCCGUGAUGCAGUUCCAACAUCAAUAAGUUACUCAGAUUUUUUUUAAGGGUCAACAUUUCUUUACUUUUGUAGCUUUGAUACGAUCAACACUGUCUUAUUUACAGUUUGUUUUUCAAUUUGCACAAUAAACAACUUUGUUUUUCAUUUCCUUGUAGACUGAUAUUGAAGCUACUAAUAUCAUUAAAAAUAUAUAUAUUUUUUGGUACAAUGACAUUUUGUACAAUAAAAAACAAAAUGUUCUGUGAAAUAUUUGUAAAAUGUACUGCUUUAUUCAAUAAAGACUAUUGAAUGAA